AUGGCGUCUCCACUGAACCUCCACGCGCAAGCCGAGGCACUCGAUAAAGAUGACAGCUUGAAGCAUCUCAGAGACGAAUUCGUGAUACCAUCCUUGGGUGAUAUCAAACGCACAACUAUUCAAAAAGAUGCCAGUGUGCAAGAAACAGCAGAAUCUGCCGCAUCGUGCACCUACCUGUGCGGAAACUCAUUAGGUCUCCAGCCGAAGCGGACGAGAACGCGGGUGCAGCAAUACCUCGACACAUGGGGCACUCAGGGUGUGCAGGGCCACUUCAAGCCUCUGGACGACUCGCCGCUACCGACAUGGCUUGACGCGGAUGCUCACGUCGCCCAGAAGAUUGCGCCCAUUGUCGGCGCCGAUGAGUCCGAGGUGGCCGUCAUGCAGACCUUGACGGCGAACUUGCAUCUCUUGAUGACGGCCUUUUACCACCCAGACCCAAACGGCAAGCACAAGAUAUUGCUAGAGAGCAAGGCUUUCCCCAGUGAUCACUUUGCUGUGCUCAGCCAAAUAUAUCAUCACGGCUUGUCUCCCGAGACCUCAAUGGUCACGGUAGAGGCGCCAUCGUCCGAGGACAAUGUGUUUAGCACAUCUGCUAUUCAGGAUUUGAUCGCAGCACACGCCAAGGACACGGCUCUCAUUCUGCUGCCAGGUAUCCAAUACUACACUGGCCAAUUGAUGGAUAUUCCCACGAUUACAGACUUUGCACACAAACAUGGCAUAUUCAUCAUUUGGGAUCUGGCUCAUGCCGUUGGCAACGUGCCGCUGCACCUCAAGGAGUGGGACGUGGAUGCAGCCGCCUGGUGUACUUACAAGUAUCUGAACGGUGGCCCUGGUUGCAUCGGUGGCAUGUUUAUCAACUCUAGAAAUAGUCUCGUCACGACUCAGAUCACGGACCCGAACCCAGAACGAGGAUACGGAAAGCGGCUGUCGGGCUGGUGGGGCAACGACAAGGGCACCCGCUUCGUCAUGGAUACAAAAUUCCAUCCAGUAAAGGGAGCAGCAGGUUUCCAGCUGAGUAACCCAAGCAUACUUGACAUCACCAGUCUGGGCGCUUCGUUGGAGGUCUUUGAGCUGGCGGGUGGAGUCUCGGUGUUGCGGGAGAAAUCCAAGAGGCUCACAGCCUUUUUGGAGCACUGUCUGGGUUCCAUGCCGGACAAUGUGAAGAAGUUGUUCCGCAUCAUCACGCCGACGGACCCCGAACGGCGCGGCGCUCAGCUGAGUCUACUUUUGCUGGACGGCAUGCUUCAUACAGUGAUGAAGGAGCUGACGGACCGAGGUGUGAUUGUGGAUGAACGCCAGCCCAACGUCGUUCGCGUAGCUCCCACGCCGCUGUACAAUACGUUCAAGGACUGCGUUGAUUUUAUCGAAGCCUUUGAGCCCGCGUUGCUGGCUGCUGAAAAGCAUAAAACUGCGUAA